CAACUGACUGAUUGACAAGACAUGAAACAAUAUUAAAGCCAUAGCAACAAAACAAAUACUAUUACUUUGUCUUCUUCGAUAUUCUAUUAGUAUCGUAAUUUUUUCGCCGAGUUUCACCUCUCCUAUAAGGGCAGCAGCUUACUCUGAGGCAGUAACAAUGCUUACGUUGUAACAAAAGCUAGACGGAUUAUCAGUAUCAACUGUGGAAAUAUUUUACUUAGCAUUAGCAUAGACUUAAGUAUAUAUAAUCAAAAUGCAAGACGAAGAUCGCAAGGCAAUACAAAAUAACUUUAUAUCUCUCGUGGAACAAACAGAUUUAGAUGUAAUGGUGUCAUCACUGUAUGAAAAAGGAGUUUUCUCUGAGCGAAUGAUCGAACCAUACAAGGACGUGAGCAAAGAUGCGAGAUAUCGUAAGCGCCAGCUGUAUAUGGAUGUGACGCGCCGCGGACCGCAGGCUUUUGGCCAUUUGUUGGACGCGCUAUCCGAAAAUGGUUAUUGGGACAUAGUGCGAGACCUCGACCCCAACAGCUCUCUUCAUGCACGACGGCAACGGAACCCCGUGCCGAGCACAAGUGUCGUGUCGAGUGAAAAGAACUUCGUUAGCCUGGGUACCGAGAAACAGAAGACCAAGAAUGCGACCGACGUCAAUAAAAACGUAGCGCCGGCGCGCCUGCCCGACCCCACCACCAUACCGCACUUCCACGUCGUCAAAUCUACUACAUUCUUUGAAGAUAAUGACAGUGACAUCCCGCUGUACCGCACGCGUGGCCGUCGGCGCGGGUUCCUCGUGGUGUUCAGCUACGUGGAGUUCAAUAACCUGGAGCCCUACCGCAACGGCGUCGACGUCGACUGCAAGAACCUGAAGUACCUCUUCGAUGAAAUCGGCUUCAAGGUCAUCUCCUACCAGGACCUCACUAAAUCGCAAACCCUGGAGACGCUGAAGGGUCUGAAGGAGGUGGUGGUGGGGGCGGAGUGCGUGUUCAUCGUGGUGUCGUCGCACGGGUACGAGCGGCCGCGCAGCUCCGACAACGACAUCCGCUGCAAGGACGGCGGCCUCAUCGCCAUCAGGGACAUCAUAGACUACUUCAACAACAAAAACUUCCCCGCGCUGCAGGGAGUGCCCAAGGUCUUCAUCUUCCAGCUCUGUCGCGGCAGCAACGAGGAGUCGGUGUGGCGGCUCGGCGCCGAGACGGACGGCGCGCCGCGCGGCGCCGGCCCCGCGCCCGCGCCGCCGCUGCUGGCGCCGCCCGACGCGCCCGCGCCGCGCGACCGCGUCUACUCCGACAUCCUCAUCGCGCACUCCACCGUGCCGGGGAACGUGGCGUACCGCGACAACGCGGCGGGCUCGUGGUACAUCCAGGCGCUGUGCGAGGUGUUCGCGGCGCGCGCGCACGACUGCCACGUCGAGAAGCUGUUCACGCUCGUGGACAAGCGCCUGCACGCCGCCUUCCUCGUGCAGACCUCGUCCGUCGACCGCUGGGGCUUCAACUGCCGUCUCUACCUGCACCCCGGCCUCUACGAGUCGCAGUGACGGCGGCGGAGGCGAUCGAGUGAUCGGAUUACACCUUGAGUAAUGAUUUCAAUGUUUAUAAUGUUUAAUUACUGACGCGAUGGACUCUCUUGUACGUAACCUCCCCUUCCAACAAUUUUCGAAUUCUUUUUAUUCGUCUUAAUUCUAAGCUAAUUAAAUAAAUAUACGAGAUCUCUUACAAUUAGUCAGCUAUUAAGGAAGUUUAUAUUCCAACUAUGUGCAUUUAUUUUAUUUAUGUUUUAGUUUAAAAAAUUAUAUUAACAUACUAUAAUUAUUUAUUUAAAAUAUACAAUCGAGAUGUUCAAGGACUGUCUGAACUUCAUAAACAAAAAUGGAAAACC